UCAGCGGAACCUCCGGACCUGCGCGCCGCGAUGGAACUCGGGUUUUGCGCCGUCCGCGCGGGCCGCUUGUUCGGAGAGCGCGCGUGCGUCUCGCGAGCGCCGCGGUAACGUUGCCUUGCGCGACGUCCCCAGUCGGCCGCAGGCUGCCCGAAGCUCGCGCCGAGUCCCGCUCCGACCCGCCAUGUCCGCGCGGCUUCGCGACCUCUUCAGCCACGGCCGCCUCGCCGCGGGGCUGCUGCUCAAUCUGCUGGCGUCCACGUGUAUCGUUUUCCUCAACAAAUGGAUUUACGUGCACUACGGCUUCCCGAACGUGACGCUGACCCUGGUGCAUUUCGUGCUAACGUGGCUCGGGCUGGUGGUGUGCCGGCAAAUGCACGUUUUCUCCCCGAAAGUCCUCCGGCCCUCCAGCAUCGUGCUGCUCGCCCUGAGCUUCUGCGGUUUCGUGGCUUUCACGAACCUGUCCCUACAGAGCAACACGAUCGGGACGUACCAGCUCGCCAAGGCCAUGACCACGCCGGUCAUCAUUGCCAUACAGACCGUCUAUUAUCGCAAGACGUUUUCCAAUAAGAUCAAAAUAACUUUGGUCCCCAUUACUCUGGGGGUUAUGCUGAACUCCUAUUACGACGUCAAGUUUAAUCUGCUGGGCAUUGUCUUCGCUACUCUGGGGGUGUUUGUCACUUCACUCUACCAAGUGUGGGUGGGAACGAAACAGCAUGAGCUUCAGGUGAACUCUAUGCAACUGCUGUAUUACCAGGCGCCCAUGUCCUCGGCCUUCCUUCUCCUGCUUGUCCCCUUCUUUGAGCCUCUCACCGGAGAAGGAGGCAUCUUUGGCCCCUGGUCUCUCCAGGCCCUGGUGAUGGUUUUCCUGUCAGGGAUAAUCGCCUUCCUUGUGAAUCUCUCCAUAUACUGGAUCAUUGGAAACACAUCUCCACUCACCUACAACAUGUUUGGACACUUCAAGUUUUGCAUCACCCUUCUGGGCGGAUACAUGCUCUUCCAUGAUCCGCUGUCUCUGCACCAGGGCCUGGGCAUACUGUGUACUCUCAGCGGCAUCCUCGCAUAUACGCACUUUAAAUUGGCCGAGCAGGAGGAGGGCAAAAGCAGGCUCACUCAGCGGCCAUAGGCUUUGCCGGUCACUGAGCUGUGCCAGUCACUGUGCUUUAACCAAUGGUGUUAAAGGUUUGGGCAAUGUCUGAUGCUGGGGGAGAAAGGGUAGGAUGGGAUGAAGAUCGGAGACAGAGAGAAGAACCAUAACCUAAACACUGGGAUGUUUGGGCUGUUGGGAGUUAUGGCCUUGUGAGCAACAUAGCAGAAAAUCAUUGUGCACCUUGAAAAGAGGUGUUUUAGAUUACAGAUGUAGUAUUUUUGCAUUGCUUAGCAUCCAAAUAAAAUGUCUGCUGCAACAGUGGAUAUGUAGGGUUUACAUAUAUAAGCCCAGAUCACUUAAUUUUUCACCAAAAAACACACUGGGUUUCUGUGUCAUAUUUGGGUGUGAUUGUUGGGGAAUCAUGAAAAUGUUUUUCCUCGUUUUAGCCAACUGCCAACACGAGAAUGAGGUUGAUUAGGAUA